GUGGACUGAAUAUUAAAUAUCGUUAGUCCAUCCCUUUAGGUUUCCCUUUUAAUAUCAUUUAUUUUAGCCGUAUGGAUUUUUUUCUGAGUUUGAUGGCUUCGAUUUAAUGAUUUCGAUGGGAUAGACAGUUAUAAAUGCACGAAUCUGGAGAUAUCAAGGACGGUGGAAUCCGUUCCGUGAUUUUUGCCGGAUCCACAUCUUUAUUUAUAAUUGUGAUUUCGUUCGGAAUAACGGCAUAUGUUCAGUUUAAUGAUAUUUCGUUACUGAAGAAUCGAGUUAGAACACUUGAAGAAACAUGUUUACCAGGGUCGUCUCAUACUUCUCACAGAUCGUCGAGAUCCAUUCCAGAUUCAAAUUUAGACAUAAAGCUGUCGUCAAACGAGCUAGCAAAGUAUGUAGCUAAUGUUACUAAAUUAAGAGAAAAACUGAAGGACGUCAAGAAACGAUCUACAAGUCCUGGAGAUUUAGAAUGGGCAAUACAAGCUAUAAUUGACGCCCAGGCUGAUGUUGUCCAUACGUAUUGUACAACAACAAUGUGUUUACCAGGUCCAAAAGGUCCAAUUGGCCCAGCAGGUCCUCAAGGAAAACCAGGUUCAGGAGGUGCCACACCAGGACCAAAGGGAGAUCCUGGAAAGGCAGGAGCGGAUGGGAAACCAGGAAUUAAAGGUAGUCCGGGGGCUGAUGGAAAGAUUGGACCAGUAGGCCCUGCAGGGACACCAGGAUCACCGGGUAAAGAUGGAAUAGUUGGACCUGCAGGACCAAGGGGUGCACCAGGAUUACUUGGUCCACAGGGACCUAGUGGCAAAAAUGGUAUGCCUGGAAUGAGAGGAUUAACUGGCAGGCCAGGAAAAUCAGGUAUAUCUGGUAAAGAUGGACAACCUGGACCAAUUGGACCUCCAGGACCGGCUGGACCAAAAGGUAUGCCCGGUAUGAGAGGACUAACAGGAAGACCAGGAAAACCAGGAACCCCCGGAAAAGAUGGAUUAGCUGGACCGCAAGGUCCUCCGGGACCCAUAGGACCACCUGGGGGAAAAGGAAGACCAGGAAUGAGAGGCCUUACCGGUCGUCCAGGAAAGUCAGGAGACACAUCUAACGGUACUAGUCAACCAGGACCUGCCGGACCACCUGGACCAAUAGGGCCUGCAGGUCCGGUGGGACCUUUGGGGCCAGCUGGAGCCAAAGGAGUAGAUGGAAGACCAGGCAUGCGGGGUUUGACAGGUCGUCCUGGUGUUGGACAACCAGGGAAAGAUGGCGCUCCUGGACUUUCAGGAAAAGACGGUACUCCCGGAAGACCAGGAAUGCGUGGAUUAACAGGUCGCCCAGGUAUGGGAAAACCAGGACCCCCUGGUAGUCCUGGACCGGAAGGACAAAGAGGAUGGAGAGGUUGGCGUGGUUUCACAGGCGAAGCUGGACCAUCCGGAGCAGCUGGAACACCAGGAGCAGUUGGAAAACCUGGACCUCACGGACCUUUUGGAAAACCUGGACCACAAGGGCCAUCUGGUAAAUCAGGAUUGAAUGGCGCACCAGGACCAAAAGGUUUACCAGGGUCACCAGGUCCACCAGGCGCAAAUGGAGCAUCAGGACCAAAAGGUUUACCGGGGUCACUAGGAGCAUCAGGCGCAAUUGGGCCACAAGGGCAAAAAGGAGACAGAGGACCAAUCGGACCAGAAGGGCCACAGGGUAUGCUAGGUCCAGUCGGUCCUAGAGGAUCACCAGGUGUUGGAAAAACGACUAGUGGACAAGUUGUUAGAGGACCACCAGGGCCACCGGGACCACAAGGGACACGAGGACCAAUUGGGCCAGAGGGCACUUCAGGGACAAAUGGUUCUCCUGGACCGCAAGGCCCAUCUGGUCAAAAAGGUGAACCUGGACCAGCUGGUUCUCCUGGAAGUCCUGGCCAACAAGGUAUCAAAGGUGUACUUGGGCCGCAAGGUCAAAGAGGUGCUACAGGACCUCAAGGAGAAAUCGGACCUUCUGGACCAAUGGGUCAUCCAGGUCCAAUGGGUUACACUGGUCCACCUGGCAAACCAGGACCUCCAGGAUCACCAGGAUCUCACGGCCCAGCUGUGAACCAUACUAGUAAUUUCGUUCAAGGUCCACCAGGUCCACCGGGACCUAUUGGCCAUCCAGGAAAAGACGGCCAACCAGGUGUGAUUGGACCAAUUGGACCACGUGGUCAUCCAGGUGAACCAGGGCCACUAGGACCACCAGGUGCCGCUGGUAACGACGGACUUCCGGGUGAAAAAGGUCAAAACGGCACUCCGGGUCAACAAGAUGAUGUUACUGUCCGAAGAUAUAAACCGGAAAUGUUCGGAGAUGACAUAGUGAUGCAAAACGAGCUUUUUGAAAAACGACAAAAAUUCAAUACACAACAAGAAGAAAAUGUAACACCAAAAACAUACCUUGUACAUAUACCCUGGUAUCGUACUACAACCGCGGAAACCUUUAAGCCGAUUCUUAAUAAGACUAAAACUGGUCAAAGUUCAAUUUUGAAGAGUGUGGACAUUCCUGUAUCUAAGCCUUUGGCUGCAUCAAACAUUAUACCUUCGAGACUGUCAAAUGAAUAUACCAUAUCUACUGAAACUCCGUUGAAAUCUGAAUUAUCACCCGACAUCGGCAAAUCUGUCUCCUCAAAACAUACAUAUCAACGCGAGAUAAAAGCGUUGUAUGAACAAUCAUAUUCGAACAAAAUUAAAACAACUACGGUACAACCACAUGUAUCCGAAUAUCUAGACGGUGUAUCUGCCACUACAACGGCCGAACCUCUGAAAUAUGCUGACACGACACAAACUACUAUUCGUUUAUCAAAGAACGGUCAAAUUGACCAUCAGGCUGUCAGUGACGUAGGAUCGCCUUCAGAAGAGUAUGGGAACAACUUACAUAUUACAGAAACUCCUCAAAAAGAUAUCAGUGUUACUACACAUUCAACGUUGCCAACCACACCUCAAUUUCAAGAUGAAUCUAAGACUUACCAAGAUGUCAGUUUAACUACCCGUUCAAUUAUGCCAACCACCUAUGAAUUUCAAGAUGAAACAACAACUUACAAAGAUGGCAGUGUUGCAUCACAUUCAACUUUACCGACCACAUCUGGGUUUCUAGGUGAAACUACAACUUACCAAGAUACCAGUAUUACUACCCCUUCAAUGUUACCCACACCAUCUGGAUUCGAAAUCGAAAUUAAAACUAAACAAGAUGUUGUCCCACUAUCAAGUGUCAAAUUUAAAGACACAGCAGAUAAAUCUAUUGCUGUUAAAUCUCCGUCCUCUGUUGACAAUGACUGGAUAAAAGUGGUGCGACAUGGCUUUGAUUUACAGUCAGCAAUGGGAACCGCAAAUAUUGAUAAUCAACAUUACGUUACCUCAACCAAGUCGCCUAACCGCAAACCAGUUGCCUCAAACCAGUCAGCUAACCGCAACCCAGUUGCCUCAAACCAGUCAGCUAACCGCAAUCCAAUGGCCUCAAACCAGUCACCGCAUGAUAAAACAGUAACGACUUAUGAUCCUUCUAUCGAAUUGAAUAGAAUUAAUGAUCGAACUAGUUAUCAAAAUUAUUAUGGUUCUUAUAAUGAAAUGUAUGCACAUAAUUAUCCAAACGAAGUUCAAUAUACUUAUCAAAAUGAGGGUCAACAUGCUUACCAAAAUGAGGGACAACCGACCUAUCAAAAUGAGGGUCAACCAACUUACCAAAAUGAGGGACAACCGACUUAUCAAAAUCAAGGUCAACCGACUUAUCAAAAUCAGGGUCAACAUGCUUAUCAAAAUCAGGGUCAACAUGCUUAUCAAAAUCAGGGCCAACCUGCUUAUCAAAAUCAGGGUCAACAUGCUUAUCAAAAUGAGGGACAAUAUGCUUAUCAAAAUGAUAGGCAAUAUAAUAAUCAAAAUGAGGGACAACAGAACUAUCAAAAUCAGCGCCAAAAUAAUUAUCAUGAUGGUCCUUAUAAUUAUGACGCAUAUACUGAAUUGAACGGUAAUAAUGAAAGUAAUGGGGGCCAAGAUAAUAAAGUGAUGUAUGGUUACACAGAUAAAACCUACAAUGAAAUAUCCACGGAACCUUCGAUUGAUCUUACUACCUUAAAGGAGCCUGCAUAUAAGUUUAAAUGGAGACCUGGUGUUCCAUAUUCAUUUCAGUCGGACACUAUUGCAAGUAAUCAAGAAAAAAAUGAUCCAGUAUUCAGCGAACGAGUAUCCAUCGCCAAAAUACCAACAAAACAAAUAACCGAAAUAAAUGAAAUUACUUUACACAGAUUGCCAAAAGAUUUAAUUCAGGACAACGGACAAGAUAACGGUUUCAAAGAACAAACUCAGCCAAAUAUACAGUAUGAACAAUUACCAAAAGAUUUGAUUCAGGACAACGUACAAGAUAACGGUUUCAAAGACCAAACUCAGCCAAAUGUACAUUAUGAACAAUUACCAAAACCUUCAAAUACUAUGUCAACGUUAACUAAUUACAAACAAGACAUCUCCUUGAAACUACCGGAUAUUAAGGAUAUGUCCGUCAAAGAAAACAAUAAUAAUAAGCGCGAGGAGGCAAUAAAACUUGUUGAUAAAAGAAUUAUUCAGCUGAAGAAAAUUGCAGCGAUAAAAUUAAUACGACAGAAAUUGUUACUUUCAAAAUUACAGAAAUUAAAACAUAACCCGUUAGCCCUUAAGAAAGCAAUUUCAAUAAUUAAGUCAAAUCGAGAUGUAAAACAAAUUAUUUAA